CUCUUCAACCUCACACUAAUACUUACUUACUAUCUCACACUUAUGCAAAAAGUCACCGCCCAACAAGCAACACCGCAACCAUGACACCCUUCCCCCAAGAUAUCACAAACCCUUACUCACCCACCACCUUCACCCUCCCCUUGCGUCCCCGUCCUGAUGGGGGUAGUGCCAGUAGUGGUGGUGGGCAUUACCAAACCCUCAUCCAACAAGUCUCCAGCCUCACAAUCGACGACUACCAAACUCCCCAAGGAGACCGCCAUGUCGAGACUCGGCGUCAUACAGAGCAGCGGCUUAUCCAAACCACCACCACAACGACAACGACGAGAACAACGACGACAUCGAGAACGACAGCCACGGAGCCCCUGUCUCUGUCUAGGGAGAAACUUCUCAAUCCCGCUUCUUCUUCUUCUUCUUCUUCUUCUUCUUCUACUACCAUAGGCCCGCGAUCCUCUAUUCAUAACUGCAGUUCCAGUUUCUGUUCAGACUUUUCCAAUGCCGCGGCUAGGACGGCGACGGCGACGAGGGCGAGCCUUCGUCAUUCGAAGCCGUCGUCGCCGAUUAGUAGUUUAUCAGAAGUGUCGUCCUCCGAGCCUGGAACUGGAACUGGAGGAGCUUCUCCGAGUGUGAACAAGUAUUUGAGAACAAGAAGGGGCGCGAUGUCGGGGCCCAGUUGCCCUGGUCCUGGUCCUGGUUCUUUGAGUUCGGCUCCGGCUAUGGGUUCAAGUUCGUCAUGGUGUUCGAGUAGUUCUAGGCCUAGUGGUUCCAGAGCGCAUGGUGGGGAGCGGCUGUUGUUGCCUUCUGCACCGUCUUCAAUGGCUUCGGGUUCUCGUGCUUCAGGUUCCGGCUCAAUGAUGAAGAGCAGCGGUCUUACCAGGAGUAGAGCUGGCAGCAUUACUACUACAGCUGAUUCAACUAACCGGUUGAACCAAGCUAGACUCCUCCCUUCCCCUUCCAGGGGCUGGCCAGAGCAAGACCGCAACCGCAACCGCACCCGCAACGGUUCCCAGAUCGCCACCGAUCCCGCCGCCAUUUCCAUCUCAUCAUCUUUCUCCGACGCGAGCAGCAGCAGCAGCAGCAGCAGGAGUACCGUACGUCCAACAGACUUGUACAAACCGUCAGAAUCCUCACGAGUUAGCAACAAUCGGCGAUCGUAUCAACCCCGGCUCGGGACCGGAGAGAUCACGCCAGAGGAUUCCAUCUCUCAGAUUGGAAUUGGAACAUCUGCCUCUGCCUCUGCCUCGGCCUCAGCGGUACGGAGACAUGGAGGACAACGGUCCUCGUUAAGCCUUCCCAUCCGGAGCUUACCUCUAAGCGGUGUCCGAUACGUUUCUGCCUCUGAGGUUGGAAGGGCUCCUCCUCCACAGGAGGACCGUUGGAUUUUACCGUCGAGUACACCGGGGAGGUUUGGACCUCCUCCGCCUUCUGUAUUUGGAGAUGGGUCGUCGAGGGUUUCCUCCCGGAGAGAUUGUUACUAGGUCCUCCGGAGUAGGUUAUGAUCGCUCAAGUAUGUAGUGGGUGCAUGGUCGCUGGUGGUGAUUGAGGUAAGUCGUGCAUAGUUGAGGAAAGGGAACAAGGCAUUUUGUGGAAUACCGGUAACAUACUUCUAGCUGUUAACUCUUUGAGUUGUGUUGGCUUUGGGGCUCUUGCGGCUGUUCCGUAAUGAUUCUUGACCUUGGUAUUUUGAGAGACAGUAACAGACGCUAGUACUUGGCAAUUGCAAAUUCGUGAUUAUGGAACUCUCCGUGGAUGUGGUCAGGUGAAUAAGCGGAUGACAGGCCUUCUUUCGUGAGAUGAGGCGUUAUCGUAACAUCCGUUGUUGAUGGUGAGA